CAGUCAUUGCUAUUCUGCUUUUAUGACUUGGAGAUAUUGGCUUCGGUUCUCUAGAUUCUUCAGCAAUCCUGGAGACACAUUUCUGUUACUAUGGCAAUGACGGCAGGGAGUACAACCACCUUUCCUAUGAGCAACCAUACCCGGGAUAGAGUGACUGUGGCCAAGCUCACGUUGGAGAAUUUUUACAGCAACCUAAUCUUACAGCAUGAAGAGAGAGAAACCAGCAGAGGAGAAAACUCAAAAUCAUUCAGCAAGCAGCUCUGCAGGCCCAGAGGUACACGAUGGCAGGCACAGAAUCCGAUGUUAGGCGCUUGUUCCAUUCUAAGGCAGAAGAAAUUAGAAGUGGCUAUGGAAGAAGAAGGAUUAGCAGAUGAAGAGAAAAAGUUACGCCGAUCACAGCAUGCUCGCAAGGAAACAGAGUUUUUACGGCUCAAGAGGACCAGACUUGGCUUGGAUGACUUUGAGUCUCUGAAAGUUAUAGGAAGAGGAGCAUUUGGAGAGGUGCGGCUGGUCCAGAAGAAAGAUACAGGCCAUAUCUAUGCAAUGAAGAUAUUGAGAAAAGCUGAUAUGCUUGAAAAAGAGCAGGUGGCUCAUAUUCGAGCAGAAAGAGAUAUUUUGGUAGAAGCAGAUGGUGCCUGGGUGGUGAAGAUGUUUUACAGUUUUCAAGAUAAGAGGAACCUUUAUCUAAUCAUGGAAUUUCUCCCUGGAGGGGACAUGAUGACAUUGCUAAUGAAGAAAGAUACCUUGACAGAAGAGGAAACACAGUUCUAUAUUUCAGAGACUGUUCUGGCAAUAGAUGCGAUCCACCAGUUGGGUUUUAUCCAUCGGGAUAUUAAGCCAGACAACCUUUUGUUAGAUGCCAAGGGCCAUGUAAAAUUAUCUGAUUUUGGCUUAUGCACGGGAUUAAAGAAAGCUCACAGAACUGAAUUCUACAGAAACCUUACACACAACCCACCAAGUGACUUCUCAUUUCAAAACAUGAACUCAAAGAGGAAAGCAGAAACAUGGAAGAAGAAUAGGAGACAACUGGCAUAUUCCACAGUUGGGACGCCAGAUUACAUUGCACCAGAGGUAUUCAUGCAGACUGGUUACAACAAAUUGUGUGACUGGUGGUCUUUGGGAGUGAUUAUGUAUGAAAUGCUAAUAGGAUAUCCACCUUUCUGCUCUGAAACACCUCAAGAAACAUAUAGAAAAGUGAUGAACUGGAAAGAAACUCUGGUAUUUCCUCUAGAGGUGCCUAUAUCUGAGAAAGCCAAGGAUUUAAUUCUUAGAUUUUGUAUUGAUUCUGAAAAUAGAAUUGGAAAUAGUGGAGUAGAAGAAAUAAAAGGUCAUCCUUUUUUUGAAGGUGUAGACUGGGGGCACAUCAGGGAAAGGCCAGCAGCAAUCCCUAUAGGAAUCAAAAGCAUUGAUGAUACUUCAAAUUUUGAUGACUUUCCUGAAUCUGAUAUUUUACAACCAGUGCCAAACACCACAGAACCAGACUACAAAUCCAAAGACUGGGUUUUCCUCAAUUACACAUAUAAAAGGUUUGAAGGGUUGACUCAGCGUGGCUCUAUCCCCACCUACAUGAAAGCUGGGAAAUUAUGAAUGAAGAUCACACUCGCCCCAACCAAAAGAACUCAGGUAGCUGCAUCACAGGCUUGCUCGGCGUGGGUAACAAUACAUGGAAAUUCUCCUGAAGAUGGUGGUGCUUAUGACAAGAGGAAAUUCUACAGGAUUAGGAUUUCUGAGACUGCUAUAGGAAUUGGUUGGCAGUGCCAGCUGGCAUUUUUGGGUUUUUUAAAAUAUUUUAUUAUUUUUGUUAACUUUAUUAUACGAAGGUACUGGAAUAAAAGAAACGUACAUCCCUUUCCAACUGCAUUGCCUACAUGCGUAUUAAGGUCCAUUCUGCCUGUGUGUACUGUGGCUUCAUACUGUAACACCUUUAAUCGAUUCAGGAGAAACACAUAUCAUUUAAAGCAACAUAGGCUAACCUGUAGGUAACACUGCAGUAUUGCUGUUUUACUGCAAAUCUUAUGGGUCUAGAUAAUCAAUAAAAGCCAUCUUGCAUACUAGUAGUUGAUGUUAGAACACUUGCCAUAUUGGUUUGGAUAUCUAUAGAAUACAUAUGAAGACAAUUUCUAUAACGCUUUUAAGAAAUUUUAAAAAGGAAAUACACUGGUUAUGUAAAAAAUAGAAUUUAUCAUCAUAUUAUGACACAAACUCCAUAGUAAGGAGUGGCAAGUUUAUAACAAGGAGGAAGUUUAACACCUUCACUCAAGCGCUCCACUAAUAUAUUUGCUUUGCAUUCAGAAAUACUGAUGACCUUUAUAUACGUAGUCUGUGUACUCACAGGGGAGAUGUACUAUAUUAUAUAAAAUAUAAAGUUGCUUUUACUGUGACAAGAGGACUUCUUUUUUAACAAGAGGACAUGGCAUUAUUUUAAUUUGAUUAUAGUGAGUUGAAUAUAAGAAAUGACCAAGAAGGCUGCUUGUAGAACUAGUGUAUUUUUAUUAAACUAUUUUUUUAAAUGUCAAACUUCUGAUCAUGUAAAUGGACUUGUAGAGUACAAAGAGUUAUUUACGUUGGUUUUCAGGAAGUUGUUACAUAUCAUGGCUAGUUAACUUUUAUUUUUUUUAAUGAAAAAAUUUCCUUUGAUAGUACUUGUAUUAUUGUGCCAUUAUUUUCUUAUACUCCAGAUGUACCAAAGAUCCUGAACAGAGUGCAUGUUCACAACUGAGUAGAAUUUUACUUUCCUGUGUGAAUGCUAUAUUCAGACAUGAUAGAAAUCAGCUUAUUGAAGGGCAAUAGUGUUCAUGUUUAGCUACAUCACUGUGGAUACUAUAAAUGGAAUUAAGGAGGUAAAUGCAGGCCAGAGGGGUUGUGAUUAGAGGAUAAGGGAGACAGUGUCAGCAUCACAUUCUUUGGGUAUUUCCCUCAGAAUUAAGUUAUCUUUCUAGCUCAACAUUUUAAUUCUAAAACGACCCUCUGUGGUUUUGAUUUUUUAAGUACUUAAGAAUAAGUCUUUAUUAAAGAAUGGCCUAAUGUUCCUUUUAACUAUUGAUACGAUUUUUUAAAGAUAUAACAAUUAUAACAUUACAAAUGAUUUGUGAUCAAAAUCUAAAAUGAUGAUUUAUUUUUAGGAAUAUUCUUCUUAAUUGGGAAGAACUACAUAGGAUUAUUAUGCAAAUCUACAAAUGUUUUUAUAAAUAUUGCUGCUAGGUAGUUCCACGAUGUUUCAAAAAGGCCAUACUUGGAAUUGUCCCCCACCGCGCCCCCCCAAAAAAUUGUCUCCCUUUUUCUUCCCUCCUUCCUCCUUCCCUUCCUCCCUUAAAUUGUUUCAUUCUAGUAUUUGUUUGAUACUUGUUAUGGGUUCCUCUAAUAGUUCAUAUCUAUUUUCUUAUUUGAGUCAUGUGGCUGAGUAGGAGAGAGAACUAUUAAAAUUCUGGGGUUAUCUCAGUUGUACCAACUCAGUUUUUAUUAUAACCACCUUUAACUUCUGCUCACAUUUAUGAAAUUUUCCUCACUCCCACUCACCCGCUCCUUCCUUGUUAAACGACUGUUUAGCUGGUGUAGUAGUGAAUGGGUACUAUAUGAGGAAAUUGCAACAUUCUCUAGUUCUAAUAUGGUAGCUAUUCUAAUACAGAAAAAUACACUAAUUCAAGUUGACAGAGAGUGAGAUAAAGGAGCUGAAUUAGCUUUACUUCUUAAUUGACUAAGAAUAGAGCAUUUUAGUUUCCUUCUUCAUUCUUGUUAACAGGCAGAACUUGGAAACAGUUGUGAUUUCCUAGCAGUGAAAGGCAGGCAGUUCAGGGAGUUCACUUUGUUUAGUUUCUCAGUUUUCCCUGGAGUCAACAGAGUGAUUCACAAUCUUUGGGGUUUCCUCCUCGUCAAAAGCAUUUCUUAAGUGCCUAUCUACAAGCAAUUAAAGACUGUGUCUGCCCUUUGGAAACAAGAAUUUGAUUCAUGAUGCAAGUUAGCUAGAUAAUUUGUGAAGUACCUUUGCGACUGAAUUUUCUCUAUUGUACAUUUCCAUAUUUCAGGUGAACGAUUUAAUUUAAAUGACAAAACCCUAUCUACUCAACUGGGCAUAAUGAUAUUUUCUUUAAAUUAGACUCUAUUUUGAAUUAAAGAGUUUUAUUAUAAACUGUGUUUUUGGUUUUUCUAAGUAUAUAGAAAGCUUGUAUAAUUCAGAUUUAUUGAUUUCCUGAUUUAAUGUAGACCAACUUUUUUAUUAAAGAAAACCUUUGUAUUAAAGCAAGUUAUGUUAUUUUUCUUUUAUGCUUUUCUAACAUAGCUUUAAAUCUUUAAGUGUAUUGAAGCAUAGUCCUAUCUGAAUAUAAGGAAUUUCUUAUAAAUCAACCUUUUCUGAAUUAAAUAUAUCGCUGACUUAAUAAGCUAUUAGUUGAAUGGAAAAUAACAAAUGUGGAAUAUUCAAAACUUCCUUUGAUUGCUAAGGCUUAAGAUUGUGUUUCAUUUUUAUCUAUAAAAGCAUACUUUUUCUGUUUUGUAAACGCCUGUAUAUCUCUGUGUAAAUUGGUAAAUUUUAAAAUAUUUUAAGUACAUUUAUUUUUGGUGUUUCGUUGUAGAAAACCCUUAAACAACCAAUCAAUCAGUCUGUACUGGUAGGAAAUACAGCUGUUCUUUUGAUGAUCUACAAAUGAAUGAAUUGAAAUUUUAAUCAGUAGAGAGGUCCCUGGCUACUAAACACAUUUUCUCUUUGAAUUGCUAAGAUUCAGAGCAUUCAAAAUAACUGUUUUGCUACAACUGUGAUGAUUUCCUCUUGUCUUUAAAUUUUAUUUUCUCUUUAGAAGUGCACUUAUUUCUGAGAAAUUUUAAUGAAACAAACACUUAGAACAAAUGUAAAUAUAAGACACUUGGGACUACUAGAGAUAUUUUAGAUUUUUAUGAAAAAAUGUGAGGGGAUAUUGCUACUUUAAAAAGAAUUGAAGUAAAAAUAGAUCUUAGUUAUUUUUUAAAAAGCAAUAUAAAUUAUGCAGCAGUUUAGAAAAAUAAUCAUCAGGCCCUUGAGUUCUGUAUUCAUUCAGUUACUGAGUUUCAAAAAAUGUUUUGGUGGCAUGAGGCCUUUUUCAAUGAAGGUAAGAAAAGAAUAAAAACUAUGUUUAUAAUA